AUGUCGUUGCUGCGUUUCUUUCGACCCCCGCUCGCCAGUGUCCCUCGGCCGGUCGCCACGGCCGCCACCACCAUCACAGUGUUCCCAUCACUGGUUUUUCCCGCGACAACACACCUCACCGCGCAAGGCCAGCGCCGAUUCUGGCCGCCGGGCGACUACAUUAUCUCCCGCACAAACGAUGACGGGCGGCCGGUGGCCACGAUCCACGCCCAGGACCGCUUCGUCUCGACGCUGGUCGAUACCGACAAGAUAGCCGUCGCAUUGAUCCAGCGACUAAGUGUCUUCUCCAAGGACUACUGGGUCUAUGCUAUCGAAAAAGGCACCCCGACACCAUUGAUGACGAUCGAGUACCGCAAAGCGAACCACCUUCGUGAGUGUCAAGUGCUCAACACGGCCACGGGCGCCACGCACCACCUCGUGCUACAGGAGCUACCAGAAGCGAAUGGCUGGAGCAUCCUUACCGACAGCCAUGACGGCCCCGUUCUCGCCAGAAUCCGAGAACACCUUCCAACAAGCCUCUUGCGAUCCAAUUGCUCGUACGAGAUGCAAGUGCCCAACGGCGUCGACGUCACGCUCAUGUGCAUGGGAAUGGACGAAGCGCGCAUGCGAGCGGUCAUGUCGGUACACUUGACGUGGGGGCUCGUUGCCUUUAGCUAUGCGCUGCACCUAUUCGAUGCUUGA